UCUGGAAGUUUGAUCGGGCGUCUCCCCGAUCUGGAUCGCCUUUAUAGACGUUCCCAGUGCUGGCCUGCUCAUCUCGCCCUUCACCGCUGAAUACUCCUGUUCGGAAGAGCCGAAAUUCCCCUCCCUUGCUGCAAACUGAGGAAGCUUGAGCUAUGGCUGUUGUCCUGGAUGCUUUGGCGCCCUACGUGAAGAAGAUGAUCUCGGACUUAGCUGAAGAAGAAGUGAGCAUGCUGCUGGGCGUUGAAGUCGAGAUCCGGAAGCUGAACGGCAACUUGGUGUACCUCCAGGACUACCUCACAGACGCCGACAGGAAACGCAUCACUGACAAGAGCGUCAAGGUGUGGGUGGGGAAGCUCAAGGACGUCAUGUACGAGGCUAGCGACAUCCUUGAGCUCUGCCAGCUUGAGGCCAUGGAGCGACCGGAAGAGCGCCCCGCAGGCGGCGGUGCCUCCAACCGUUCAAGUCCUCUUGGAAGGUACAUGAAGAAGAAGCUGCAGGGCUGUUUCCAGCCGUUGCUAUUCUGUCUUCGGAACCCCGUGUUCGCACACGAGACGGGCAGCCGCAUCAAGAAGCUCAACGAGGAUCUGGACACCAUCCGCAAGGAUGCCACCAAGCUCAAUUUCAUCAACCUCGGCUCCUACCAGGAACGGAGGAAGCUGACAAAUCCGGCACGUCCAAGGAACAAGACGACGUCGGGGUACAACAAGUCUGAAGCCGUGGGGGAGAACAUCGAGGAGGAUGCAGAGCAGCUUGUGCAGAAGCUAAUCGCCCACGAUGGCAGAGACUUUAAGGUGGUGGCCAUCGUUGGCCAGGGCGGCAUGGGCAAGAGCUUCCUCGCAAAGAAGAUCUUCGCAAGCGAGACUAUCAAGGAAGAGUUCAAAACCAAGAUAUGGCUGAGUGUAACUCAGCACUUUGACAAGGUGGAGCUGCUAAGGUCCGCCAUCACCCACGCCGGGGGGGAGCACAAUGAGGAGAAAGACGAGUCCAUCCUCGAGAGGACCCUCACCGAGGCCCUCUCGGCGAACAAGUUUCUGCUGGUCUUGGAUGAUUUAUGGAGCGACACUGUAUGGAAAGACAUCCUCCAGGUCCCCGUUGCUAACGCCAGUUGUACACAACCUGGGAGCAGAGUCAUGAUCACCUCUAGAAAGGAAGAUGUUGCUCGGAGGGUGGGAGCAUCUGGUGGCAACCAACUCCGUGUCAGAAAACUAGAAGAUGAAGAUGCUUGGUCCUUGCUCAAGAAACAACUGCCGCUACCUGAGGUUAGCAGUGAAAAUUCUUUUGAUCAUCUGAAGGAUAUUGGGAUAAAAAUUAUUGCAAAAUGUGAUGGUUUACCACUGGCUAUUAAAGUGAUGGGAGGACUUUUAAGCACAAGGCGUCCAAGUAAAGUUGAGUGGGAGAAUGUUCUGAAAAAAAAUCUUGAAUGGAAAGAAGAUGGGUUGCAUGAGGAACUGAACUUCUCAGUACACUUGAGCUACGAUGAUUUAACACCAGAGUUGAAGCAAUGCUUUCUUUAUUACUCACUUUUUGCUAAGGGUUCAGCGCCUUCCUUUGAACAAGUUGUUAGCAUGUGGAUCAGUGAAGGGUUUAUUCAAGGUGACGGGAGUACAGAAUCAGACGAGCUAGAUCUACAAGAAAUAGGAGAAGCCUAUCACCGAGAGUUGGUCGCCAGGAAUCUUUUGGAGGCCGAUAAUACAGAUUGGAACACAUGGUGUUACAGCAUGCAUGAUGUCGUCCGUUCUUUUGCUCAGUUUGUGGCCAGUGAAGAAGCACUUGUGGUUAGAAAGGACCAAAAUGACAUUAGGAAUCUUCUUUUAGCUAACCAAAAAAUACGGCGUCUCUCUUUAAACCUAGAUGAUUCAGAACUAGAGUGGAGCAUCCUAGAAAAUCUAGAAUCAUUGAGAACAUUAAUGAUCAACUGUAGCACUAUGUCUAGUGGUUCUUUUGCUAGUUUUGUCAGCUUACGGGUACUUAAUAUGGGUGCUGCCGUGUCUGAUUUGCUCCUAGAUUCUGUCUGUCAAUUGAAGCACCUGAGGUACUUGAGACUAGUAUUUGCAGAUAUAUCUCGACUGCCAGAAGACAUCCACAAGAUUAAGUUUCUUGAGUUCCUAGGACUCGUCAACUGUAAAGGGCUGAACAAGAUUCCUGACAACAUUACAAAACUAGCAGGUUUAAGAUAUUUGGAUUUAACUGGGUGCAAUGUUGAUACUGUACCAAGGGGGUUUGGUGGCUUCAAAAUUAUACAUUCAAUUUUUUGGUUCCCAGCAAAGAUGGACGGGGAUUGGUGCAGUUUAGAAGAGUUAGGGCCUCUUUGUCAUCUUAGGAGUCUUUCAAUACAAUAUCUAGAAAAUAUGCCUGAUUAUUCAUUUGCUGCAAGGGCCAUGCUGAGCAACAAGAAGGAUCUCACAUAUUUGGAAUUGGGCUGUUACAGAGAUGAGGAUGUAGAGAUGGAAGAAGGGGUGGAACAAAUUAAGGAGGAAGAGGAGAAGAAAGUCAGAGACAUGCAAAUUGAGGAGGACAAGGGAGAAGGGGAGGAGCAAAUUGAGGAGCAGGUGGAAGAAGGGGAGGAGCAAUCUGCAGAGAAGGGAGAAGGAGACAAGGAGGAGGAGGAGGAAGGAGAGGAACAAUCUGCAAACGGGGAGGAGGGAGAAGGAGAGGAGCAAUGUGGAGAGGUGGAGCAGCAGCGAAUUGAAGGAGUAUUCGAUGAGCUCUGCCCUCCACCUUGCUUGGAGGAUCUAAUCUUGGUACGCUACUUUGGCCGUCGACUACCAAAUUGGAUGCAAGCUCCAGCAGCGGCGGCCUUUAAGAGCUUGAAGAGUAUUGUUCUACGGAGCCUGACCUACUGCGUCCAACUUCCCAAUGGUUUGUGUGAGAUGGUAAAUUUGGAAGAGAUGGAAAUCAACAUCGCUCCAGCCAUCAAGCUUGUCGGGCCUGAUUUUCAAAGCCUCGCAAGUAGGGAUGGAGGUGCUAUUGUUACUAGCCCUUUCCCAAAACUGAGAAUAUUAGCUAUGGUUGACUUCUCUCGAUGGAAGAAGUGGGAUUGGGAGGAGGAGCAGGGCAAAGCCAUGGCCAUGCCUGCCUUAGAGCAUCUCAGAAUCAUAAGCUGCAGGCUGACACAUCUUCCCCUAGGACUUUCUAUCCACAACAGGUAUAAUCUGAGAGUCCUGUAUCUAGAAGAUCUCACCAUCCUGGCAUCUGUGGAAAAUUUCCCAUCGGUUGUUACUUUCGAUGUGCUCUGCUGCCCGAAGCUCAAAAAGAUCGGCGGCUUCUCCAAGUUGCGGAAGAUCUUCAUCGACGGUUGCCCGAAGCUUAAGUUACUGGAGGGUGUCCCUGUGCUCUCUACCAUGGUGCUGGAUGAUGAGACAUGGGAGAUUACAGGUACUCCUGCAAGGUGCACACCCAAGCUAUAUCAAGUUGGACAGCAGCGUCAGCUUCCUGAAAAUUUCACCGUUACCAGAUAGCAGCUCUGACCUCUGAAGACGAAGGUCUGGCGUAUUACAAUAUGCACCAUACAGCUGUCCCCGAGCUUAUAAGAAUACAAUAAGAGGCUGUAAUAUCUAUCUCCUUGCGUAAUUCACAUUUUAGAAUCUGUUUUUUGGUCACAUAGUAGAUUAAUAAAAUUUGGUCAGGCUGGUUAUGAGACAGACAGCUCACGAUUGUUCAUAAAUAUGUAAUGCUUGGAAAUCAUUGAAUUUUCUUCUUCCUAUCUUCCUUCA